CGACGUCGUUUAUUGGGUGGCGAUGAACUUCAAAAGUUGAAGAAACGAGUCGUCCUUCUUCUCCUCGAAGGAGAAAUGGCGGAAACCAGUGAAGAAACUCAGAGGCUGAAGCGAAUUGCGGCGGCGGCGUAUGAUUACGACAACGACUCCCGAUGGGCCGAUUACUGGUCCAACAUUCUCAUUCCUCCCAACUUGGUUUCUCGCUCCGACGUCAUCGACCACUUCAAACGCAAAUUCUACCAACGCCACAUUGAUCCUGAUCUUGUAGUGCAGACAGUGUCUUUCAGCAGUUUACCAUCUCAGUCAGCAAGGCAAUCUGCACCUUCACCUCCUACAAAUGAUCAAACUCAGGCACAGAGCUCAGGGUCAACUACUGGGAAUUCAGGAACGUCGACAACUACGGAUUCAAAUCCAACUUCUCAGCACUUGUGUCUACAUAUGAUUCUCUUUUCAAUCAAUGCCUGGGUGCUGAUUGUGGCAUUGUUUGCAAUGUUACCAAUGGUACCCAAAAAUCUUUCACAUAGGGCUUUUAGGCUUUCUUUUAUGGGAACCACAUUCUCCUCUCUGUUCUCCUUGUUGAUUAGUUGUGGGGCGCCCAAAGCAUUGGAUAUGCAGGCUUUGGAAGUUUACUUCCAGUCAGUCGUUGCAACAAAAGCUUUUGUCUACUUCAUUUACUGCCUCACCUUUGUAGCUUCAAAUCUCUGCCUUAAAUUUGCUUUAAUUCCAAUUAUAUGUGGAACUAUUGAGCAGAUUGCCAAGUUCCUUAGGCGUAGUUUCCCUCGAUCUUUAUUCUACAGGAAAUGCUUGGAGCGACCUUGUGCGUGGGUGGAAUCAAAUACGACUACUCUCUCUCUCCUAUCUUCAAAUGUUGAGAUUGCACUGGGUUUCCUUCUGAUCAUCUCCUUAUUCUCAUGGCAGCGAAACUUCGUGCUGACAUUCAUGUACUGGCAGCUACUAAGACUCAUGUAUCACUUCCCCAUGACUGCUGGGUAUCAUCAGAGUGGCUGGGCUAAAGUUGGGAGAAAAGUAAAUCCAUUUGUCAGCAGAUUUCUACCAUUUCUGAAACCUUCACUCUCUGCAGCAGAAAGAUGGUGGAUCAGAUAGAAGCCUUCUGUCAUCAGCCUGAGGUUUUUGGAUGGAGAUUGUGAAUUGGCCCUUUCCUUUCCUUCACAACAAUUAGUGAGUUGAUCAGAGAGAGUUUCUGAAAUAAAUCUCCAAUUUCCUCCCCAUGAUUUCCAAUGUCCAUUGGAAGUAAUAAUUGUUCUGUUUUGUGCGUGAAUUCAACUUUAGUGUAGAGCUAUUCAAUUUGUAAUAAUAUCAUUCUACUUUUAUGUCGAGCAAUUGGGAUUGUGAGGGUAAAUUAUUUGCAUUUUUUGUGAAUUGAUUAAGUUUAGUUGGUCAAUUUUGACAUUCCUAACUUUUAAUUUCA